GUGCUGCACAUAAUGAGGGAAGGAAACCAACUAGCAGAUCAUCUUGCUAAUUAUGCAUUGGAUCAUGGAGAAGUGAAUGUAGCCUCUUUUGCAGAACUUAACUCAAAAGGAUCGAGGAUUCUCAAUAGUGACAAAUUGCAGUGUCCCUACCUGAGAAUUAGAACUGUCAAAAGAUAUUGCUGAUGGAUGAUGAAGCUGAGGGUCUGAGUUGGAGUUGGUGCUGUACUGAUAAAUAUCACUCAUCAUGUUCAAGUCCUUUUAGAGGAGAACAUGAUGAGGAUUCAUACACUAACAGUUGUUUCCAUUUUGCAGGUACACACUAUGCAUGGAAAAUGAAAGUUUACAAGUUUUCUGGAAAUUCUACUGGUUUUUGUAUCAUUGAUCCUAUUAAAAUUGGAAAGGAUAUAAUACAUACUGAGUGGAAUUUUCAUUCUUCCCAAGUUAUUCAAAUAGUUGGCACCAUUGAUCCUAUUCACAUAGGAGAUGACAUGGUCCAUCUGUCAGAUUACAUACACCAGAAGAUCAACUUUCUGAGGCUAACUUGCAACUCUGAGGAUAAAUUUCAAGUUAUAAACAAAGCUGAUCACAUGCUUUGUCCUAUUGAUCCUAUUCACAUAGGACAUGAUAUGGGAACAUCAGAAGUUGAUUGGAUGAUGGUACUGGACUCAUACAGCAGAGAGACAAGAACAAAUCAAGAUGGCUUUGUAAGACUAUUUCUUGGGAGUACCAUGAUUCUGCGUAGUGAUCAAUUCAGAGGAGAUGACAUUAUAUGGAAACUAGUGUGGCUGCAUUAAGGAAUCUAGUGGCAUCAGAUGUCCAAAUUAGAUAUGGCAGAUUGUUUCAUGCAGGAAAGGAACAAAUUCAGUGUUAAGAUCACUCAGAUCAUCAUGUGGAAAGUUGGGAUCAUGCAUGCAAAAUCUCAGGCAGCUAGUAUCCAA